CGCGGGCUCCUGCGCACUGGAGCUGCGGGCUGGGCGCACGGGGGCUGCGGCAGCGGCUGGGGCGGCUGCAGCCAUGGAGCUGCUGCUGGGGCUCGGACUGGGGCUGGGGCGAGCCGGCGGGCUGCGGGCGAGCGAGCGCAGCAGUAGCGCCCUGGAGGAGCUGGCCACGGAGCAGGAGGCGGAGGAGAGCCACCGGCAGGACAGCGUGAGCCUGCUGACCUUCAUCCUGCUGCUCACGCUCACCAUCCUCACCAUCUGGCUCUUCAAGCACCGCCGCGUCCGCUUCCUUCACGAGACCGGCCUGGCCAUGAUCUACGGACUCAUUGUUGGGGUGAUCCUGAGGUACGGCACUCCUUCCACCAGCGGUCAUGAUAAACCAUUCAGCUGCUCACAAGAGAAUAGACCAUUUACAACGCUCUUGGUCAAUGUCAGUGGAAAAUUCUUUGAGUAUACCCUGAAAGGUGAAAUAAGCCCUGGAAAAAUCCACAACGUAGAACAAAAUGACAUGCUGCGAAAGGUAACAUUUGACCCAGAAGUUUUUUUCAACAUUCUUUUGCCUCCUAUUAUUUUCCAUGCUGGUUACAGCUUAAAGAAGAGACACUUCUUCAGGAAUCUGGGGUCUAUUUUGGCUUAUGCAUUUUUAGGAACUGCAGUCUCUUGUUUCAUUAUUGGAAAUCUCAUGUAUGGUGUUGUGAAACUAAUGAAGUUGGUGGGACAACUCUCUGAUAAAUUUUACUACACAGAUUGUCUCCUCUUUGGAGCUAUCAUAUCUGCUACUGAUCCAGUUACUGUGCUGGCAAUAUUUAAUGAGUUGCAUGCUGAUGUCGAUCUCUACGCCCUUCUGUUUGGGGAGAGUGUUCUGAAUGAUGCUGUUGCCAUUGUAUUGUCUUCAUCUAUAGUAGCCUACCAGCCAACAGGUGAAAACACCCAUGCUUUUGAUGCAGCAGCAUUUUUCAAAUCGGUUGGGGUUUUCCUUGGAAUCUUCAGCGGUUCUUUCAUGAUGGGAGCAGUGACAGGGGUGGUGACAGCUCUGAUAUCCUUUCUGGUUGCUUAAGUGACCAAGUUUACCAAACUACACUGCUUUCCUUUGCUGGAGACUGCUCUCUUUUUCCUGAUGUCCUGGAGCACUUUCUUGUUAGCUGAAGCUUGUGGAUUUACAGGUGUGGUAGCCGUUCUCUUCUGUGGAAUUACCCAGGCUCAUUAUACCUACAACAACCUGUCAGUUGAGUCCAGGAGCCGAACUAAGCAGCUCUUUGAGGUACUGCACUUCCUGGCUGAGAACUUCAUAUUUUCCUACAUGGGUUUAGCCCUGUUUACAUUCCAGAAACAUAUAUUCAGUCCAAUUUUCAUCAUUGGAGCUUUUAUUGCAAUAUUCUUGGGUAGAGCUGCACAUAUCUACCCUCUCUCCUUCUUAUUGAAUCUGGGCAGAAGGCACAAAAUCAGCUGGAACUUUCAGCAUAUGAUGAUGUUUGCAGGUCUUAGGGGAGCCAUGGCAUUUGCUCUGGCCAUACGAGAUACUGCUACUUACUCCCAUCAAAUGAUGUUCUCAACAACUCUUCUUAUCGUCUUUUUCACUGUUUGGGUUAUUGGUGGAGGCACAACACCCAUGCUCUCUUGGCUUAACAUUAGAGUUGGUGACCAUAUUCCAUCGGUGGAAGAGAGGAACCAAAGCCGCUGGCUGUACUUCAGGGUUGGUGUUGACCCAGAUCAGGAUCCCCCACCCAGCAAUGACAGCUUUCAAGUCCUGCAAGGGGAUGGUCCAGAUUCUGAGCGAAGAAAUCGGACAAAGCAGGAAAGUGCUUGGCUCUUCAGGCUGUGGUACAGCUUUGACCACAACUAUUUGAAACCUAUUCUUACGCAUAGUGGCCCUCCGCUAACUACCACUCUUCCCAGCUGGUGCGGUCUGAUAGCUCGCUGUUUGACCAGCCCACAGGUUUAUGAUAAUCAAGAACAGCUCAGAGAAGAGGAUUCGGAUUUUAUCUUGAAUGAUGGUGACCUUGCUGUGACAUAUGGUGAUACAACAAUAACUGCUAAUGGUUCUUCUGGCUCUCACACUGUCACCACUAGCCUCGAUGGCAGGAGAACAAAAAGUAGUUCUGAGGAAGCACUGGAACGUGACUUGGGAACAGGAGAUCAUGAAGUUACAAGCAGGGGUACCAGACUGGUAUUUCCUUUGGAAGACAAUGCAUGACUACUGACUCAGUAAAAAUACUGCUGUAGCCCCAUGGAUGGAUCAAGGAAGACUGCAGGCCCCAGUGCCACUUGAGGUGGGGAUGACUGUUGAAGUAAACUAACAUGUGUAUAAGUGGUUUUACUAAGGUCUGAAGAUGUCAACCUUGACCUUUUCUUUUUAUUCAAGCUGCUGACAGUGGGUUUUUAAAUGUCUGAACUAGACAAGUCAAAAAAAACUCCAGUUUCUUCUCUCAAAACUUCAUACUGAAUCUAAAUACAAGUAUGCUGCAGUUCUCGCUUUACCUGCAACAUCCUUCUAAGAAGAAAUAUGUGAAAAUGUUACCCCUUAGUGCCAAGCUUAUUCUAGCUUGGUUUGGGAAGGAGGGAGCGGAAAUCCAAGUGAAGAGCAAUUAUGAUGACUUAGUUAUGUGGACGUAUCGGAGUGUUGGGAGAUCCAGUGUUAAAAUGUUCUCAAAGAAGGCUUGAAGAAACUUGUCCUAAAACAGGAUUCUAGGACUAGAUGAAUGAGUGCUGCACUUUUCUGGGAUCUGUUACUAUAACGUAAACUGCACUUAAUACAUUUCAGGAAAAAGGGAAAAUAGUGCUAUACUACUUCAUUGGCAAUAUACAGAAGGUAAAACAAAGAACAAUUCAGUAUUUAAAUAGGGAGGCAGUGAAUAUUUUGUAUUCCCUUUAUUUUGGAGAACUUAACUAUUACUGUUACCAUAUCACAAGAGAAAAAUCCAAAUUCUAACCAUUCAACUCUGAAAUGCCUGGCUCUUACCUCUAAGUAGAUUGUCUGACGUGAUUAAGUUGUUAAAAUCAGAUUAAAUAAACUGAUGGGGAGAGGUCAGCUAAUGUUACUCCAAAAGGCUACUUAGCUUGCAGCAUUGAUGAUACAAAACAGUAUUGACCAUAUGUGAAACCACAAAGUUCCAUAUUUGAGAAGUAUCCAUGGAUUCUGCUUCACAAUUCUAGUGUGUGGUGGGUUCAGUUGCAAACCUUUAUUUAAAAAAGGGAAGCUAGUCCCAUAGAUUUAACCAUUUGUUUUUAUCUUAAAACAAAUGUAUUUAUCUUCAUUUUUUUUUUCCAGUGUAGAUGUGAAAUUUCAAUGGGGUGUUGCAUGACUAUAUAUAAAUGAUGCAAGUAACAGGCACAAUAGUCCCAUCUGACAUGUAAAAAGGGAAGGAUGUCCUUGCCUACUGCUUGGCCCAUUCAGGUGUGACCAGCUUAACUUAUUGCUUAAUGCUCUUUAAUUCCCACAUCAAUAGAUAUUAGUGACUUAUUGCAAAGAGCUAAUAGCUAAACUAUAUUAUCCCCCUUAACUGGAGCUCAGCUACUGACAGCAUGCUUUAUAAUGUGAACUCAUUCUCGUGUCUCAAAAAAGUUAGGAUUUUUUUUAAACAGCUCAUUGGCCCACUAAUGUGAUGUAGUAUCUGUUUGUUUAUGAUGUAUUUUUUUCUUACUCUGCCAUUUCAGUUUAUUCUUUUCACAGAAAUGAUGUACGAGCAAAAGUUCAUUCUCUUUUCUCCUUCACUAUUAAACUUACCAGUGGGCUGACUGACAGACUUGCAAGUUACAACUGCCUAGCAGCACUUCAGCCAUUGUCUAGGCCAUUUUAUUUCAAAUAACUUUUUAUUGACAAUGAUCUACCUCUUAAUUUAUCUUAAAGGGAGGGAUUAUGCUGUUUAUAGGGCAUCUGACAGCCAGUGCCUAAAAGAAUCUAGGAACAAGAUGCUAAAAUAUGUAAAACUUUAGACCUACAGUUCUUUUGUGGGAUAACUGGAAGGGUCAUACAUCUGUCUGCUUUGUUCGUAAGUGGCAAGGAUAAGAAGCCUGCUUGAACAUCUCUAGACAACAGAACUCUUUAGACAUCCCAGUUGUCUGCUGCUCCAAAGAACAAUAGAGUGGCCGACACCAUGUGUGCGUAUUCAUGACUCGCAAUAUUUAUGCAAUUCCAUGGCUUGUUUCUUAAAUACUAGCCAGUGAAGAAAGUCGCUUUUUCCUAAAUUAUGAAAAUGACAAAAGUUUGUUUUUGACAACUUGAAGCCAAAUACAGUUUAUUCUGAGUGACAAUUCAUCACUUCAGACUUCCGCAAAAGAAAGAAAAAAAGGAAGUAUUAAUUUACCUUGACACACAUGACCUUCUUUUUAGGAUCCAAGGGACAGAAAUAAAUGGACUUGCCACUCACUCUAGUGAGGCAAACUUUUACUAGCAAUUCAAGACAGGCUGCAAAGUACAAGGGAAAUUAUACUGACGCUGAAAAUGCAAAACCCUGUUUUGAAUUACACAAGCCUAUUUUUUAUCUUGGGGGAGGGUAUGAGGGGAAAGGUUCUGUAAGAGUGCCAGAUACUUAAAGCUUUAGCUUACUGCAUCCCUACUACCAGGCUCACUAAAGUCAGGUUUAUGUGGGCCUUGACUUUUAAGGUUUUUGAUUCAUCAACCCUCAUUAACUUUAACAAUUAAUAUAGUUGCUGAACAUAAGAUUGAGCAAUGGCUUAUAUAUGCAAGCUUAAAAAAAGUAAUUAAGGCUUAAACAACAGUGAAUCUUGUUUUUCCUCACUUCAGUUUUAACCUCAAUCCCUCCUUCCAUUUCAGAUUUUAAUAUAAAUCCAGAUGAACAAGAAAGCAGUAGUGGCCUUGUCUGACUAACAUGGAACUUACCGACAACUAUAGGUUUGGUAAAGGACUCCUUCACGACAAAACAAACAAACUAGGUUGUGAAAAGCAUUUAAUCUUUUUAAUCCUUAGCUGUGAGUGUUUAACCUUCUCCAGUAGCACUCGAAGGUGAAAAAACAACUUUGUAGUUAGUGGGCUCUUUCCCAUUAUUCUUGUACUGAAAUCUUGCUUUCCGUACUCUCUCUCUCUCUGUCAUCUUCAUGGAGCGGUGUGUCACCAAGUCAAACACAUCUUCGCUACAUGAAUUAAGUUAAAAUUUUCAAAGAAACAUGGAAACUUACUAAAAUACCCUGGGGGUUUUUUCAAGGUGACCCAAAUUUAGACUCUUGUAAUGAAAUUAACCAGAACUUAAUGAAGAGAAAGUAUCGGUUGCUGUGUCAGAUAAUUCAACAUGCUCAAACAUUUUGCUGGCUGGCACUAGAUCAACAAUAAACUAUUUACAUGCCUAUUUUGCCUUCACAUUAUCAGCUUAAUGCUGAACAUUUCUAAGGGACAGUCCUAUCUUGACAUGGCAUUCUGGGGUGUUGCGAGAUCCUUUGAGGGGUGCUGCACCUCUCCGCCUACAUGAGGAGUAAAGCACUCUCCUCCUACUGUUUGGCUUCCCAUACUGACUGCAGCAUCUCACAGGCCACAGGCAUCCCCAGCUGCUCCUCUUAAGGACUGCUGCCACUAAUGCCCCCUCCAUCCUCCAGCACACCUACAUUGCCUGUGGGCAGGCAGGCGGAUGUGUAGAUAGAGCUGCACUUUUCAGACCAGCUCAACCCCUCAGCUUUUCCCACGCUCCCAAGGGCACAAGUGUGCAAUAUAAUGAAGCAGUAUGCACAACUCCAGAGGAGCAGCCUUGGCUGUAGAGUCUGUCCUUGCCCCAUCAGAUGUGGCCUGGGGGCACAGAGCAGAGGAAGACAAUGGAAAGAACAGGGCACAGCAGUGUGAGGUCCUGCUCCCACCACCUUGCUUUGGCAUCAGCUACAUCAGUGUUUUCUUAACCUCUUUAACCUCAAAGCAGCCCUCCAUAACUAUUCUGAAUUUAACUUCUAGCUCAGUAAUCCCAACCAGCCACUAAAUUCAAAACAGUUAUGGAGGGGUUGUCUUGGAGCUUAAAAGGUCACAAACCACUGGUCUAAGUGUAAGCAUUCCCAUAGUCAUGUGUACUAUAUUUAACUUAAGAACACAAUUUACCUAGAAAAGGAAAUUGUGCCUCAUCUUUGUAUGUAGGAAGACUGGAAAAUGGAGUCUGUUUGUAAUCCUGUCAACACUCCACAGAAGUGAAGAUAACACCUUGUUUAGCAACGCUGCUUUUCAGAUACUUUGAUGUCCAAUGUAAAAUAUAUUAACGUUCACAACCAAAGCUUGAAAAGGUUGCUGUAGUGCAGUACUUGAGUAGGCUAAGAACUUGCCUAAACCACCUGCUGCAUUUGUGUGAAUACUGAAAAUUUAGAGAUGUUCUUUUCAGAGGCGGGAUUUUGAAAGAUGUAAGAAAUCCAGAAACUUCUGACUUUACUGUAUGUUAGUUUUUGGUUCAAGUUGCUAUAGAUAUAAAACUAACAUUUGGAGUGCACUACUGUACAAGAGUUAAAAUUAAUCCUUUCCACUCAUUUCUGCAAAACUGUGGAUUUGUUAGUCUGUGAACUCUUAUCAACAGAACAUACACAUUUAUUACAGACAAAACUAUUAAAAGAACACUGUGGCUCCAGUCCAA